ACGCCGACACAGCCGCACAAUUGCAAAUACAAGUUCUUUUCACUUUCGUUGCGCUUCGCUCUACAUUUUAUUUGGAAAUUUCUGUGUAUUUUCAACACCAGCGAUAUUGUGCCAUCUACUCGUGGCAGCAAGAUGAUGAAAAUCGACGGAGAAACCCGAAGCAAAAGCAGCAGAUAAUAAUAAAGGUCCAGCUGUGCGUGUGUGUUGUACGCCUGUUGUGAUUGUGUGUGUUUUUGCACAAAAAACCGGAAAGCAAAAACUCACAGACACGAAUGCGGAUACAGAUGCGGAUGCAAAUGCAGAUAUUAUCCACAUAAGGCGGAUAUUAUCUACAAACACACAAAAUGCAAAUCCUGCAAGUGUUUUUGGCAACGCUGCUUUGUGGCUUCGUUUUGGGCGCCAAUAUCCUGGCAGUUUUUCCCAGUGUCUGGAAAUCGCAUUAUCUUUUUGGACGGAGAUUACUGCAGGAACUGGUGGAAAGUCGGCGGAAUCAUUCCGUGACUUUGAUCAGUCCGCAUGCCGCUGCACAGGAAAAUGCGGAUGUGGAAAUUCCCAGGAUCAGGGAGCUGCGAAUCGAGGGUCUGCGGGAAAAUUGGCUCGAUAUGGGCAUGAGUUUCGAGGCCGAAGAAAUGCGAUCGCAAAGUGUGAUGGAAAGGUUCACCAGAUUGACCUAUGCGGGCACCACCAAUGUGGAUAUUCUAUUGUCCGAUCCACAGGUGCGAAAGCUUCUAACAAGUGGCGAAAAAUUCGAUUUACUCAUAGUGGAUUUGUUUCUAAGCGAUGCUCUACUAGGCUUGGCCUUCUACUAUGGCAUACCCACCGUUGCUAUUAGUCCCACCGGCGCCAAUUCCUGGCUGAAUAAUAUGUUUGGUAAUCCCCAAUCCUCCUCACUGGAUCCCAGCAAUUUCCUACCCUUCACGGAGAGGAUGAACACGAGGCAGAGGAUCCUAAACUCACUGAUGAGCACCUUCGAACGGUUGACCUACAACUUUUUCCACCUGAUCUCCCAGCAGUCGGUGUACACCAAUCACUUUGAGCUGCUCGUUAAGGAACUGCCACUUUAUAGAGAUCUAACCAAGAAUCUAAGCUUGGCCCUGAUCAACUCCCAUCCUGGUUUGCAUUAUCCACGUGCCUAUUUGCCAAAUAUGGUGGAAGUGGGCGGACUGCAUUUAAGCGACUCAAACGAACUUCAACUGGGAACGCAUCUUUUGUCGUUUAUGGAAUCAGCUCCAAGUGGGGUCAUCUAUUUUAGUCUGGGAGCAGAUGUACAAACAGCUCAGCUGCCACAGGAAAAGUUGUCCAUCAUUCUCGAUGUCUUUGGUCAUCUCAAGGAGUUCCACUUUCUGCUGAAAUGGGAAAAGGAGGAGUUUGCAGUGGACCAAGAGCUGCCGGAGAACGUAAUGAUUGCUGAUUGGUGGCCACAGCAGGCGAUUCUAUACCAUCCGCAGGUCAAGAUGUUCAUUAGUAGCUGUGGGCAGUUGAGCGUCUGGGAAUCGAUAAAUGGGCAAAAGCCCAUUCUUGCCAUACCCAUAUUGGCCGAUCAGGAGGUAAUGGCCAAGCGCUUGCAACACCACGGAGUCUCCCUGACAGUUGGCUACGAUUCCAUAGCUUAUGAUGCCCUGCUUCAUGGAAUAAGACAACUCACCCUUAAUACCAGCUAUGUGGAGAAGUUGGGUCAACUCAAAAAUCGACUGAUUAGCAAAGACUCCUCGCCGGCUGAAAAAGCUGUACGGAAAAUUCAGCUUGUAUUGGAUUCCGGAGGAGCCGAUUUCCUAAAAUCCCACGCCAAUACUUUGAACUUUUGGAGAGCCGAGGGCGUGGAUGUUCUGCUUAUAAUAACCUUGGGUUUUUGUGGAAUUUUGAUCAUUCCCUUUUUGGCUAUUUGCAUUAUUCUGAGAAAAUCCUACCAUAGUCAAGCGGGACAGGAUCAACCUACAUGCAGAACAAACCUAAAAGUGGUUGGAAGAGUUCAUAGCUAUGGAGAUCCGGGCAGUAGUAAAUCUGCAAAAGGAACUGAGACUCUCAGAAGAACGCGAUCAGCUCAAUCCUUAUCGGCUCGGUCCAGCUCUUCGAGCAUGAGUUCCACGUCGCAAAGCCCAUCCACAGCGUCCACCACGCCGCUGGACCUGACUCCACCGCCUCUGAUUCAAAUCGCCGGACAGGUAUCGCCAUUGCAGUUAUAUACAAAGACGAUGGAAAGAAACUACAGAAGGACAACACAGAACGAAGGUUCUCAUAACGAUAUAUCUCCCGACGAAACCUAAAACUAAAACUUACGGUGGGUCAAAUAGAAUGGAAGUAAGAAACUAAAAAGUACACUUUUAAUUGUCUAAAGAGUACAGUCUGAUCCCGCGUCACAAAAAAACGAUCCACCCUUAACUAAUCCUUAAAAUAUCUACUAGUGUUAAGUGUGAGUUUUUGUUAAUAGUUGUGGAUAUGUGAAAGAAAUUUGUGGUUUUAUAUUUGGAUAAGUUUUAAUGUUCUUAAAUUGUACAUAAUUUUGAAUGUUUUUGGUUUCUAUAAAUUGCGUGUGAACGAAAGUUCCGACUUUUAACAGGAGAUAUUUAUACCGAAACAAGUAUAACAAUAAAUUUAGUAUUUUAAAUUGAA